CAGCAUGUGGCUGGUUAAAAGAGUGUCUGCCGCCAGUAACAGACAAAGACGAUUCUUCUCCAGAGACUUAGAUGGCACAGAGAUUUCUAUCGAGUAUCGUUUAAGAUCAAAAGCUCACCUAUUCAGGGUAACUUUUAAUGAAGUACAUUUUAGUGGGCAAUGUUUCUACAGCUUUUGUGAUAAAUGCCAUAUGGAGAUGUGUUUGAAACCGAUUUGUGUGAAUUUUAAGUGGCAUUACUUUCAUUACCAUAACCUAAGGUUAAGUGAACAAUAAAUUUAGCUCAUGGGAGUGGGCAGAGGGAAAGUUCCAGGCUCAGUGCAGAAUUCAGUGCCACUAAUGGUGGUGCGAGGGAGAUGCGGCGCUGAGGAGCGGGCUCGGCCCGGGCUCCGCUGCGGGACCGAUGGGCGCGUCCUGAACUCGGAGCGGUCUGGAUGAGAGCGGCGGCGGCGAAGGGCGGCAUCGAGUUGGAAACAACAUGAAUACCUCGGUCCUCGCCCUACUGGGAAAUAUUUCCGGUCACCUGAAUUUUUCGGAGACGAACUCGCAGAUCUUGCAGUUUGAGGACGAGGAUUGCCGUGUGCCUUUGGCCAUGGUCUUCACUCUGGCCUUGGCUUAUGGGACUGUGAUAAUUCUGGGAGUCUCUGGGAAUCUGGCUUUGAUUGUCAUUAUUUUAAAACAAAAGGAGAUGCGCAAUGUUACCAACAUCCUCAUUGUCAAUCUAUCCUUUUCUGACCUCCUGGUGACCAUCAUGUGUCUUCCCUUUACCUUUGUGUAUACUUUAAUGGACCACUGGAUUUUUGGGGAGGCCAUGUGCAAACUGAACCCUUUUGUGCAAUGUGCCUCCAUCACCGUCUCAGUCUUUUCUUUAGUCCUCAUUGCUAUUGAGCGCCAUCAGCUGAUCAUCAAUCCCCGUGGCUGGAGGCCGAACAACAAACAUGCUUACAUGGGGAUUGCUGCCAUAUGGAUUUUAGCCACAGCUUCCUCUUUGCCUUUCCUGGUCUACCACGUGUUAACAGAUGAGCCCUUUAGAAACGUAACAUUUGAUGAAUAUAAAGACAAGUAUGUGUGCUUGGACCUGUUCCCCUUGGACACUGCCAGGCUUUCUUACACUACAACACUUUUGGUGAUUCAGUACUUUGGACCACUCUGUUUUAUAUUCAUUUGCUACUUGAAGAUAUACAUAAGGCUGAAAAAAAGGAACAACAUGAUGGACAAGAUGAGAGACAGUAAGUACAGAUCCUCUGAAACCAAAAGGAUCAACAUCAUGCUGAUCUCAAUAGUGGUCGCAUUUGCAGUUUGCUGGCUGCCUCUCACCAUCUUCAAUAUCGUGUUUGAUUGGAAUCAUGAAAUUCUGCCUGUUGCUACCUGCAGCCACAACCUGUUGUUCCUGAUUUGCCACCUCACUGCCAUGAUUUCUACCUGUGUGAAUCCCAUCUUCUACGGGUUUCUCAAUAAGAACUUCCAAAGGGACCUGCAGUUUUUAUUUCAUUUUUGUCAUUUCCACUCCCGUGAGGAGGAUUAUGAGACUAUAGCCAUGUCCACCAUGCACACAGAUGUUUCAAAAACCUCUUUGAAGCAGGCAAGCCCAGUCACAUUUAAAAAAAUAAAUAGUGAUGAUGAUGAAAAAAUAUAAAGGAGUAAUAAAAAUUCCACACCAAACUGCUUGAAGUGUGAUUGCAGGUGAAAUGUGGCCAAGGACAAGUGAAAUUACGUAACAAGUACAAAAUGAGUAAUGUUUUUCUUACUUUUCCAAGGAACUUUGAUUGUUGUCACUUUGAAAUUAUAUGCUGUGCAUUUUUGCCCCUUUUACUGCUUUAAUGUUCACAGAAGUUGUAUCUGAAUUUUAUUAUAAGACAGAGUUAGACCUGCUACUACCUAUGGUUUUCAUCUGCUGUCUUUUGUUCUGUUCUCUUUGUACAGCUAUGUGCUUUAGCAGAAAGGUUUAUUUAUUGAUUAUAUUUUUUCAAAGAAGUAGUUUUCAGGAGUGUCUAUCUAAGACCAUUAGAAAUAACAUGAACCACAGGGACACUGUCACUACAGAGGACACCCACCAAAGAAUAAAAUUAGGAAAUUCUGAUUUGAAGAGUAGUUUCUUUCUUUUUUAACUCAGCUUUUGAUUGAUGUUAAAAUCCUCUAAAAUCAGUGUAGGCAUGCAAAAAAAGGAUUCUGUGAGACCUGUAGAAUAUGUUUAAAUGGUGACGUACAGUUUUCUAAUUCACAGUGGCAAUUCAGGCUAUGAUCACUUAGUUUCAAAGAAAGGAUUAAGAAAGAAAUUCUGUUCUUAUUUACAAGAAUAAAACCCUAUAGUAAUGCCACAGUGCACAAUGGGAUAACUCUGAUGCUUCACCACAGCAAAUGAAAACAUAAAUGGACCUUCAGUCCCAACUGAUUAUAGCUGGUUUUAAUAACACAGGCUUUUUAAUUUAAAAAUCCUAAACCCCAUUUUCAUCUGCCAUCACUGACAGGAGUUAAGUGUUGCUGGGAUGAAAUAUACCAUCUGUCCCUCGCCUAUGAACCAUGUAAAUUUUCCUUGAGACCUAUCAGAAUCUAAAGGGAGAUGGGACUGUUCACUGUAUGGACAAUGUGCAGUACCAUCCUUGCAGGUGACAGUGAAAAUCAGGUCUGGUAU